GUGCCUACUUGGUUUAUGUAGACACUUCGAGAAAACAAUGGCAUUAUCAGCAAAAAUACGAAAAGUGGAAAGAAAAAUAACAACUAAUGAUCCUAAAGAAAACACAAAAAACUAAAUAGAAUUUCGGAGCUAACUGUGUUUUCUGAAGCAUAGAGAAACAAGAAACAGAGGUUGUCGUCCUAGGUUUUAGAAGAAAGAUAUGUCAUUGUUGUCGGGGAAGAAGAGAAACAGAGAGAUAACACUGUUUAUGUCAAGCCCUUCACUCCCAGCCUCAAAAAUUGUUCAACUUGUUACUUGUGAUGAUAAAAAAAUCGACUUUGGUUCCAUAGCUAAAGCUUUUGGAUUAGACCCAUCAACGGUGAAGUUGAAUGGUUACUUUAUAAGUAGAGGGAUUGAUCUUUUAUCUUCCUCUCUCACUUGGAACUCUCUUCUCUCUUUCUUCUCUGUUAAAGGCUUGUCUACUGGGAAACAUAAUCAUGAUGCUCUUCUUGUCACUGGAAAAGUGGUGAACAAUGGAGGACAUGAAUUGCAAGAUUUUCAAAAUGAAAUUAUCAAGGUGAUAAAAACUGAGCAUGAUGCUAGCAACAGAGGAAAUCAACUUGAAGAUAUCAACUUGCAGAAGAAUAAAAAGUUCAGAGAUAGUAAACCAGGUGAGAUUUUGAAUGUCCUAAACUGCAAGAGAAAGCAACUAUUUGAAGAUGUCAACCAGUUCAAGAAGCUAAAAAUAAACGAGGACAAGUUUGAUAUUCAAGAUAAAGUCGAUGAACUUCCUGGAAGCUUUUCUCGAAGCCAGUUUACAUGCAGUUAUACAAAUAAAAAUCUCAAGCGGCUAAGAGACUAUGAGAUUGUAGCAGCUAAUUACAAAAGGAUUAGAUAAAUUUCUAACUCAAGAAAAAUGUUUGAGUUUUUUACAUGUAUGAUGUCCUGUAAAAUUGUUUCAGAAACCAUAGAUUUUGAAUAACCAACACUAAUCAAUUUUCUGGGUUGUUUAAAUAGUAACAUGUAUGAUAUGUGAGAAACUAAGUCAAAAGUUACAAAUUCUAUUUUGUUGAUAAUAUAAA